AUGGCGAGCCGGAGUGUUUCAGUUCGCAAUGACGGAACCGACGGGGAAACAGAUCCUCCUCCGAUGGAAGCUUCGGCGAGCAGUACUGAAUCACCUGAGCACAACACCGUCCUCGAUGAGGAUGAAGCACCGCAUACGAAAGAGUCAGAGAAUCGGAGAAGAACCUCGGAUCUAGAGAAGAGAAGUCUAGAGCAAGAAGAUGCGGACGAUGUGUACAAUCCGCUGGACAAACAUCUUCCGCUGUUACUCCGCCCAGUGAAAGGGCGACACCCUGGAGGUGGCCAAGCGGGAUGGAUGCCGGACAUGAACAUGGCGUCAAGGUGGAUGGGGAUAUUCUACGAUGCAAGUCAUCGAGAAGUUCUUGCGUUUGUAGCCACCCUGACGGCGUUCACCGAGAUCCAUUCGAUCGGCGAUUGGAAGACACUCCUAGACUUCUUUGGCUUCUUCGUCUUGCUCUGGUGGAGCUGGUUCGGGCAGGUCAACUAUGACAUCCACUUCGAGACUGAAGAUCUCGUACACCGCUUUUUCAAGCUGGUGCAGAUUUGCGGGCUAGGGUAUCUUGCGGGAGCGACCGGAGGGUGGGAUCUCGCCAAGAUACGGCAAGAUAAGGACGUGUUUGCAGAUGACGCCGGAGAUCGAUACCAAGCGCAUACCAGUUUUGUCACGGUAGCUUCCGCUUAUGCCGGUUUGCGUGCGAUUCUCAUCGUACAAUACAUCAUGGUUUAUUGCCUAGCCAGGAGACGCCACCAACCAUACCUCAAGCGUACUUUUUUAACGCCGGUCCUCUAUAACGCCGCCUCCUGCGUAGCGGUCAUCCUUGCGGCAGCCCUCAACUCGCACUCGGACACGCUCGUGGCUGCCAAGAUUGCCUGUCUAUUCCUGUCCGUGGUGUUCGAGGCGGUCGGUAUCCUGAUCGCCGCCAUCCAGGCUCGAGGCCUGCAAGCGCAGAGCGCGCGAUUGGCAGAUAGGCUUGGGAAUCUUACCCUAAUCGUACUGGGAGAAGGCUUCCUUGGAGUCUUCAAAGGGUUCAACAGGGCCAUCCUAGGAUUCAGUAAAGACAACAUCGACGUUUACAUUUCGGUUUUCUGUUGCAUCGUGAUCCUGUGCUGUCUCUACGACUUCUGCUUCACCGGGUUUCAGACGGAACUCCGCAUGAGCAAAAGACGGCUGGCGGCUUGGGCUAUCCUGCAUUUCCCCUUGCACUUCAGUCUCUUUGCAUUCCUUUCUGGCUUGACGAACGCUACAGUAGCUUCGGCGUUUAUCGAGGGAGCCCUAUAUAGUCAAGCUAGUUUUCUGGUUCCUGCAUCGGCAGCAAUUGCGGGAAACUCCAGCCUCUUCCAGGACCUUAUAUCGGACCGAAACCUCAUCUUGCAAUUGUCGAGUCUCCAGCUCGUGCCACCGUAUGCAGAAGAGUUGAGCAUUCUGGACAACAGCACCGGACUGAAUCUGGGCGUACAGGUACGGCCACGGACGGAACGCGAGCCUAGCAAAUCGCUAACAAAGUGUUCCGUCUAUGCGCAAACCUCACUGUACAACAGGUGGCUAAAUAUGCUUCGCAAAUUCUUGACAAGUCUGCGGAUCCAGGCGUUUGCGGACAUCUACGCCCAGCUUCAGCUCAUAAACACCACCGCAACUGACAAUGAGACCCUGUCAGACCAGCGAGCCACGUUGGCGAACGAGCUGUACUUCAGGCUGUGGACCACUGUGGUAACACAGCAAUACGACGGCAUUGGCUGGAUUUUCCCUUCAGCGGGGUUGGCCUUAAUGCUGAUAUCAGUCAGGAAUAUAACGCAUUGUCAUUGGCGUCCCGGGACAACCCUGAAGCUGCUCGAGUACUCGCAACUCGCUGUGGGAUUUGCUCUGGGCCUACUGGGUCUACUCAAUAUCGGAAAGAGCACCGUGGACUUCUCAGACAAUGUCGACGGCAAUUUCGAUCGCGUCUCGCCUAUCUACGUGUUGAUCUCGUACGACUGGUUGAUUCCCACUGUGGCUAUCGUCUACUUUUUGCUCCUGGUCGCGCACAAGGUUCGACAUAGCCGAGUGCAGGUGGCGGUGCGAAGAUUUCGGCUGAUCAUCUGUCCCGGUUCACAGGUCAUAUUGGGACUACAUAAGAGACGGGUGCAGAGAAGGGCCGGAUAG